AUUUCCUCCCCAUCUCCACCCCCUUCCUGCCGCUGACCAGGCCCUCCCUGGAGCUGGAAGAGAGAAGGCCCAAGUCACACCCUGGAAGAAGCUCUGUGGCUCCGGAGGUCUUUCUGCUGGCCUGUCCCCAUGCCUCUCUUCCUCUUGCUGCUCCUGCUGCCAAGCCCUUCGCACUCCCACCCCAUCUGUGGCAUCAGCAAAGUGGCCAGCGAGGUGGAAAUGAACUGUGAAAAUAAGGGGCUGAAGGCGCCGCCUCCAGAUCUGCAAGCAGAAACCAACAUCCUCCGCCUGGGUGGGAACCCCCUGGGCACCUUCUCCAUGGUGUCCAUGGUGAGUCUGACUCACCUCACUCAGCUGCACCUGGAGAAGAGCCAGCUGACCAGCCUGCAGACUGACGCGACACUGCCCCGGCUGGAGACCCUGAUUAUAUCCCACAAUUCGCUGAGAAGCCUGCCCUUGUUGGGACGGGCGCUGCCAGCACUCUAUACCCUGGACGUCUCCUUCAACGAGCUGGCCUCAUUGUCUCCUGAUGCCCUGGAUGGCCUGAGCCACCUCCAUGAGCUCUACUUGCGUGGCAACAAGCUGAAGACUCUGCCCCCCGGGCUCCUGCAGCCCACGCCCAAGCUGAAGAAGCUCAACCUGGCUGAAAACGGGUUGAGUGAGCUGCCCCCUGGGUUCCUGGAUGGGUUGGAGGAACUUGACACCCUCUACCUCCAGCGGAACUUGCUGCGCACGAUACCAAAGGGCUUCUUUGGGGACCUCCUCCUGCCUUUUGCUUUUUUCCACGACAACACCUGGUUCUGUGACUGCGGGAUCCUCUAUUUCAGCCACUGGCUGCAGGACAAUGCCAACAACGUGUACAUAUGGAAGGAGGGUGUGGACGCCAAGGCCAUGACCCCCAACGUGACGAGCGUGGGGUGUGUCAAUUUGCCCAACACGUUUGUCUACACCUACUCAGGGGAGGGCUGCCACACCCCUGGCGACAGGGACAGCAUAGACUACGAUGUCUACGAAGAGGAUGACAAGGUGCCUACCACAAGGGCUGCGGGCAGCUUCUCUACCCACACCAGUGCCCACACCACCCACUGGGGCCUGCUUUACUCACUGCCGACUGCUCUGCUAGGCCCCCAAGUGUCCUCCUUGCCUCCAACUAAGGAACAGACCACGUUCCGAAUUUCUACAGGACCCAUCACAUUCUCCAAAACGCUAAAACCCACCCCAGAGCCCACAAGCCCAAGCACCCCAGAGCCCACAAGCCCGAGCACCCCAGAGCCCAGAGCCCCGAGCACCCCAGAGCCCACAGCCCCGAGCACCCCAGAGCCCAGAGCCCCGAGCACCCCAGAGCCCAGAGCCCCGAGCACCCCAGAGCCCACAGCCCCGAGCACCCCAGAGCCCACAGCCCCGAGCACCCCAGAGCCCACAAGCAAGACCUCAGAACCCACCGUAUCCUUAACCUCCACUGAACCCACUUCACUUCCCACUAUCUUAGAAUCCACCACAGCCACCAUCUCUGAAUUUGUCAACCUCCUGAAGGCCCAGGGGGUGGCUCAGUGGAAUGUGGAGAGUUCCAGAAACGACCCUUUUCUCAACUCUGACUUUUGCUGCCUCUUCCUGGGCUUCUAUAUCUUGGGUCUCCUCUGGCUCCUGUUUGCCUCUGUGGUCCUCAUCCUGCUGCUGUUCUGGGUCCAGCACGUGAAACCACAGGCCCUGGCCACAGUCACGCACACCUCGCAUCUAGAGCUGCAGAGGGGAAGGCAAGUGACAGUGGCCCGGGCCUGGCUGCUUUUCCUCCAAGGCUCGCUCCCCACUUUCCGCUCUAGCCUCUUCCUGUGGGUGCGGCCUAAUGGCCGUGUGGGGCCUCUGCUGGCAGGACGGCGGCCCUCAGCCCUGAGCAUGGGUCGUGGUCAGGACCUGCUGGGGACAGUGGCUGUUAGGUACUCUGGCCACAGCCUCUGAGGGGGGGGUGGUUUGGGGACCUCGAGAGAGACUCUGAUGGGCUUUCCUAUUGGGAUCUAGCUGGGGGCGGGUGGGUACAGAGUACAGGGUCGGGGGAGGGCUUCGUUACUGCUUCUUUGUCAGGAGCCUCCUCUGCACACCCCGGGCACACAAUCCCAGACCCAGCAUAUCUGGAGAGGUAGUGAGAUGGAGAAGUUGGGUGGGCCACAGAACAAAGAGAGCUCCUAAUGCUGCAUGGAUGGCGGGGUUCCCAGACCACUACACUAGGUUAUUACCAUCACUUUGGGGAAGUUUUAGGAAAAAGCAAACAACAAACAGAAUAUAGCACAGUUCUCACAUGUAUCCGUGUAUUGAAGGAAACUUGGGAAGAGAUGUCACGAUGUGAGCCCUGAUUGUCUCUGGGUGGUAUAAAUACGGGUGGUUUUAUUUUCUA